GGGUAUAUAACUCAAUCGUGAUGGCUGUGGGGAGACACCUUGAGGAAGAUUUCGAAGCUCCAUCCGACAAGGAGAACAAGAGCGUGACCGAAAAGAAAGAAACGGUCGAGAACCCUGGCUUUGUGAGGGAAACAAAACCCAAAAGUUUGGCAAAUGUGAAUGAAGAGCGGCAAAAUGCCAAGGAUGAAUGCAUACGAGCACAAACACCUACACGCAACAACCUUGUCAAAAUCAAAGACCAAGGCAAGGCGACCGAUCUUGAUGCCCGAGAGGAGGAAACCAUCGUGAUUCUAAAAGGAGUCACCUCACUAGGUAACGAAACGUUUUCCUCAUGUACUAAUCAAACUCGUGAGGGCAUGUAUCACAUGUGUAGGAACCAAUGUCACGUGGCAUGUCAUAGUCCCAACCAACGAAAGAAUCUCAUCAAGGAUGGCGGGACAUACAAGGCUGAUGUAAGGAACCUUGAAGAUGAAUCCGAUGUUACAUCCAAAGCGGUAACCGAACAUGUAACCAAAGAAAAAGAAACGAUUAAGGAUUCCGAUCUCGUGCUCAAUGAAGUACUCAAAAGUGUGAUCAAUGUCGAUGAAGAGCUACAUGGCAUCAGAAUAGAUGCUUUAGCAGUGGUUACACGAAAUGAGGAUUUAAAAAUCCUGAUCAACCCAUCGACAAAGAUAAAUGACACCUCCAACAACCGUACUUGGAUCAUAAGUCAAGAACUUGGAGCAAAAACCGGUAAAUUUAUUCCUAUUUUUAUUCUUGUUUAUGAUUCAUACUUGGUUGAGAAUAUAUGGGAACAUGAAGAAAUAAUGGCAAAGUUUCAAAAGGAAUAUUCUUGCGAGCAUUUCAAGGAGCACACUAACAAAAUUGUUCCCCUAGAAGUUUAUCGAAGUUCGCAGGUUCUGAAUGUGAAGGAAGUGGGGAUUGUUACAAAGAAAGUUUUGACAUCUACCGGCCAAAUCCCAAAGAGGCCAUUCAACGACUUAAGCGAAUAUAUGAAGCUUGCCCACCUUGAUACGAGAAGCUUACGCGGUAACAUCGUUUUACUCUUUAUUCUUGUCUAUGAUCAAGGAAUUGGUACUACAUUGCAGAUUUCAUGCAUGGACGACGAGAAGAGUCCGACGAAUCCCACAUGUGUGCCUCCACGGUUCAUCAGUGCUCAAGGAGCCAAAUGCGUCUACCAUUGCACCAUGAACGCCUCAAGGCGUAACACCAUCUUAAACCCAAGGACAAUCAAGAAGGAUGAACCUUUUGAACGAGGAGAAGCGCGAGAACAAAAUCUUCAUACACUUGAAAGAGAGGGAGAGAAGGGGAAAGGAGCUCGUGGGAGCAAAGAGGGCCAGCCUCAGAAGGUCUAG